AACACAUGUGUGCGGUUUGACAGUUCGUCUCUGUCUCCGUAACACGUGUGGAAAGCAAGCAGAAAAUUUGUUUACAGUUUGACGGCAACACGGUGUAGUGCUUUUUGAAAUUUAAUUUAAAUAUUAUUCGAUGAAAUUCAAUUUGAACCAUCAAAAUGGGUAAACGAAGACACAAUGUGAAGGGUCGGCAAGUGAAUGAUGUUAUCGUGGAUAACACUGAAACGAAAAAGAUUAAACUGGAGAUAAAUGGUGCGGCUGAUGAAUAUGGAUACGAUCAAUCGAAUGCACUGGUCUUACCAUCGAAGAAACGAGAAACGAAAAUAAAAAAGCCAGAGCAGAAGCAUGUGACCCGCAUUCUUUCAAAGAAACAACGCAAAAAUCUGGAGAAAAUUGUGGAGAAGAAGAAGAAAAAAGAAGGCCGAUCGGAGUUGCUUGAGAAAUUGGCAACAGUCCAGUUGCCGGCAAAUGAUUUGAAAAAAUUAACAUCAAUUGUCAGUGUCCAAACGAAGGGUGUGAAGAAGUUUAUGCAAGUUGGCGACUUGAAUAAUGUAUUAAAAUUAGCUGAAGUUGAUGACAGCAAUGACAAGGAACAGAAACGAUGGAGUAGCAUCGCCGGAAAGAAGCGCAAGGAGAGAUUGGCUCUUUUACAUGGAUAUAAUAAGGAUGAUGAUGAUGACGACGAUGAAAAUGCGGCACAACGUGAUUUGAAUGUGAUUGGAACUGAGGUAUUGAGCUCUAGUGAGGAUGAAAGUGAAGAAGUAGAAGGGGAAGAAGGAGAUAAUGAUGAUGACAAAGACCAAAAUGAGAAUGAAGCGGAAAAAAAUGCUGAAACUAAUUCACAAAGCGAGAAAAAUGGUUCCAACAAAGAUUGGAAAGUUGAAGACCAAACUACUGGAAACGCUGACAAAGAAGAUGUAGAAACUGUGGAGACGACGGAAAAAGGCAAAAAGAAUGAAAAAGAGAACAAAGCGAAUUCUAAACACAAGACAGCUGCAGUUGAACGUAAACCAGUUGUAUACAUCGCCGUGGAUCGUACAUCCGAAGUGCAGGCUGCUCGGUUGCAAUUGCCAAUUCUAGGUGAAGAACAAGUCAUCAUGGAAGCGAUAAAUGAAAAUAAUAUCGUGAUUUUAGCAGGGGAAACAGGAAGUGGUAAAACCACACAAGUGCCACAAUUUCUGUACGAAGCCGGGUAUGCGGAGAAGAAAAUGAUUGGCGUAACUGAGCCUCGUCGUGUGGCUGCUAUAUCGAUGUCGAAGCGUGUCGCACACGAAAUGAAUCUAUCUUCCGAUAUCGUUUCCUAUUUAAUUCGUUUUGAAGGUAACACAACCGAAAGCACUAAAAUCAAAUUCAUGACCGAUGGUGUUUUGCUGAAAGAAAUCGAGUCGGACUUCACGUUGAACAAGUAUUCUGUCAUUAUUCUGGAUGAAGCUCACGAGCGAAGUGUUUAUACGGAUAUUUUAGUUGGUCUUUUAUCGCGAAUUGUUCCGUUACGCCAGAAGCGAGGAAAUCCAUUAAAAUUGAUCAUUAUGUCUGCCACACUUCGAGUCGAAGAUUUCACAAAAAAUAAGCAACUAUUCAAAGUACCUCCGCCCGUAUUGAGUGUGGAAACACGUCAAUUCCCGGUAACAAUACACUUUAACAAAUACACGGCUGACGAUUAUGUCAAGGAAGCCUAUAACAAAACGCUCAAGAUUCACACAAAGCUACCUGAAGGCGGAAUUCUAGUUUUUUUAACUGGUCAACAAGAGGUGAACAAUUUGGUACGUAAGUUGAGAAAAGCGUUUCCAUAUAAACCACUGCCAAAGACAAAAGAUGAAUCGAAGAGGGCAAAACAAGAAGCUGCGAAGCCAAAAAACUCGGAGAAUGACGACUCCGAAGAUGAGUUCAAUAUACGACGAGCUAUUCGAGAUGUGAAAAAAUCCAAAAAGAAACUUGCUGCACAAAUGGCCAUUCCAAAAGUGAAUUUGGAUGAAUACAAACUGCCAUCAGACGAUACGGAAGCCGAUCUAUUCGAGAUGAACAGUGAUGUGGGUGGGGAGAGCGACUCUGAAUUGGGCAGUGAUACCAAUUUGGAGCAUAUGACAGCGUUGAAAGCAUCUCAACCGCUUUGGGUAUUGCCACUUUAUUCAUUGUUGCCAUCGUAUAAACAGCAAAUGGUGUUCGAGCCACCGCCCGAAGGCACUCGUCUGUGCAUUGUGAGUACGAAUGUUGCGGAAACUUCACUCACAAUACCGAACAUCAAGUAUGUUGUAGAUUCGGGUCGACAGAAAACCCGUUUAUACGACAAAGUAACGGGAGUUAGUGCAUUUGUGGUGAAUUUUGCUAGUAAAGCAGCGGCAAAUCAACGUGCUGGUCGUGCUGGCCGUACUGCAGCGGGUCAUUGCUAUCGAUUGUACUCAAGUGCCAAAUACAACGAUGAUUUUGUUGAGUUCGCUGUUCCCGAUAUCCAAAAGAAACCGGUUGAAGAUCUCAUGCUACAAAUGAAAUGUAUGGGAAUAGAUAAAGUUGUUAAUUUUCCAUUUCCUUCGCCACCCGAUUUGAUUCAAUUGAAAGUUGCCGAGCAAAAAUUGAUGCUGUUGGGUGCAUUGGAACGCGCUUCAAACACGACUGACGAAACACUCACUCGCAUUACAUCACUGGGAAAGGCCAUAUCAGUCUUCCCAGUAGCACCUCGCUUCGGGAAAAUGUUGGCCUUGAGUCAUCAACACAAUCUCUUGCCAUACACGGUUUGCUUGGUGGCUGCGUUAUCCGUGCAAGAGGUGUUGAUUGAAGUGACCGCUGAAGACGAUGAACAAGUUUUGAAAAAGUCAAAAUGGACGGCAAAGCGGAAGCAGUGGGCAGGAGAAGGCAAUUCAUUAUUACUUGGCGAUCCAUGUGUUUUGCUUCGAGCUGUGGGUGCAGCUGAAUAUGCACAUUCAACGGGCAAACUGGAUGUAUUCUGUCGAGACAAUGGACUGCGUACAAAAGCCGUUACAGAAAUCCGAAAACUACGCAUUCAACUGACAAAUGAAAUUAAUUUGAAUAUGCCAGAUGUUGAAUUGAAUGUGGAUCCAAAGUUGAAACCACCAACGGAUGUACAGGCAAAAUUACUUCGCCAAAUUUUACUGUCGGGAAUGGCCGACCAAGUGGCUCGAUUGAUUCCGCAAGAUGAAAUUGCUGAUAAAGAUGAGCGAAGAAAAUUUAAAUAUGCAUAUAAACGGCAUGACAUGGAAGAGCCGGUAUUCUUGCAUUCAUCAUCCGUUCUCCGUAACAGUCGACCAGAGUGGGUGGUGUAUCAAGAGAUUUACGAAAUUCAAAACGGAGACACAACCAAAAUGUAUAUGAGAGGAGUUACCGCCAUCGAAUCGGAUUGGCUUUUAAUCUACGCAAAUCCAUUAUGCAAUAUAAAAUCCAUCAAGGAAACGCCAGCGCCAAAAUACAAUCCGAAUAAUGGUAAAAUUUAUUGUCACUGUGAAGCAACAUUUGGCCAUUCAGGAUGGGAAAUUCCUGUCGCUGAAAUCGAAAUGCCAAUCAAUGAAUUGGUGUUCAAACAUUUUGCCAUGUUUUUCUUGAGCGGUGAGAUAUUCACACAGCUAAAAGCAAAUGUGAAAUUGUUGCGGUCGUCUCCGAAGAAUAUUGUGAAAUUGUGGGCACAAAAUACACCACAUAUUCUAGGUUUUGUCAAUGCAUUGAUCAGACAUCAAGUGAAUAAUAAACAGAGAAUUCUAGACAUUUGGAAGAAAGACCAAUUUUAUCUUCUCAAAGAGUAUCGAAAUUUCCUGAUUGAAUCAGCAUCUGAUGUUGCCUUGAAAUGGCCGCCAAUUGAUUAAUUAUAAUUGGAUCAUAAGUGUUUAUUUCAAUUAAAAUCAAUUAAUGACUCUCCUUUAACGAUCCAUGAUGUAAUGAGCUCGUACAAUAAAAUAAAUUGUUCAUAUAUGAAAACCAA